CAACUUCUUAUAGAGAUGGAGUCUGCUGACAUAACUUCACUAUAUACGGACCAAACUUACGCGAAAGUAUGGACUGCCUACCAAGCCGAGAGAGCGGUUUCCCGUGACAGCUAAAGAUAUUGGCUACCUUCUUCGCCAUCUAUUCGAGAUUGAUGACCACGAUUUUUACAUGAACGAAUGAGAGUUCAGAUAGGCUCCGCACUGUCUUUGUUCGCUGGCUCAGGGGCGCGGGCAGGUGCAGUUGUUGAAUCAAGCUCUUAUCGUAAUAUAAAUGAGUGUCUUUAUUAUAAGCACCUUACCUUCAAUCUAAAAUGGAGCGAGAAUGGCUCAAUCGAGCGAUGGGUAGUAAUAGAUUCUGAAUUCCUUAAAGGUAGCGUUACCGAGACGAUACUAAGUUGCCGAGGACCUGGUUCCGGGAGCAUCCUGUGCUUGGGAUGGACUUUGUCUUCUGGGUUUUUGUUCAUGGAAUUGCAGAUGGCGCAUUUAAGGGUAUCUCCUCUGUUGAUGAGCUCUUGUAGAAACGGCCUCCGCCAGGGAGAGAACCUUUCACGCUUGAGUGGACAGAUCGCGCCCAGACACUUCCUUUUUUCCGCAUGGUAACAUCACAGGGACCUGAAGAAAAGAGAGGAUUGACAUUCUCUUCACUCCAUCAUAAUUUCACAAGCCCAGCUGAACGAGACGGGUUUAAAGACCGCCUUCGAGUCCACGGAAUCAGAGCGGGAGUAGCAAAUAAAAUUGACCGUAUAACUCCCCAUCUCCCACAUU